AUGCCUUUCGUCGCGAUUCGUCCCGCGCCCUGCCUUCGCAGCAGUGCGAAGAGGUCCCUUGCGUCUUGCGACCCCUCGUCCGUUGCGUCGCUGGGUUCAUCCGGCCCUCUCCGCGCAUUCCAUUCGCGGCUGCUCACGCAUCGAGGGGCGGCGGACGCGCAGCGCGAAGGUCGUUUGGUUGCGCUCGCGUCAUCGCGCGCCGCGUGCGGCACGUUCUUUCAGGACCGUCAGGUGAGAGCCGUGCGCGCGCGCACUCGCAUGUGGGCCAGACCUGCUGAUCCCAAUCCCCCUCGCGGCUCGGUUCGGUCGGCGCCGCUGCGCGUGCCGUUGUGCAGCGCCGCUGAGACGCGGUGCGUGCAUCGAGGCGACCCGCCGUAUGCGUGCACGCGGGAGAGAUGCGUCACAGCACCUCCCAUGCCGCACCUCCCAUGCCGCACCUCCCAUGCCGCACCUCUCAUGCCGCACCUCUCAUGCCAAUCUCCCUCUCGCGCCUCCCUCCAUGCCCCUCACGGUGUGUCGCCACCAGACGUCUUCGUGGGGGUGUUUCAGCAGGAGACGGGCUACUCCAUCGUGGAGCCGGCGCACAUGGUGAGGGGCGCACAUGGUGAGGGGCGCACAUGCCUACGCUUCCACACUUGUUGUGUCGAACCCACUCUCUCCAUCCAUGUGAUGUGCAAUGCCUCCCGCUCCACUAAACCCAUGGCAUCGCACGGCUGCCACUCCAUGCCACACGCCCUCAUCUGCGUCACCACCUGCACGCCACCCACACAUGCCUCCUGCCUCACACAGGAAGCCGCACUACAGCCGUGCGAGCGCUUUGCCUUCCAACUCUCCAUGUUCCCCUCGUCUCACAAUCCCUUCCUGUCAACCGCUCCCCUCCCACGGCCUGACCAGGAGAUAGCGGAGCCGUCGAUAGCGGCGGCGUUCACGCGGUGCGUGCAGAGGGGCGCCAGGGGCGUCAUCGUGUGCCCCUACUUCCUCUCGCCCGGCCGCCACUGGCAACGGGUGCGUCCUGGGGUGGCCCAGCGGCUCAUGCACUUGUGGCGUGGCAGCUGUGCCACAUUCACACAUUCGCACCGUUCUGAGAACCUUGCUCCAUCCCUGCCCAUCACCUUGGCAUCCCUGCCCAUAACCUUGGCAUCCCUGCCCAUCACCGUCUCUUCCCUGGCACCGUCUCUUCCCUGGCACCAUCUCUUCCCUGGCACCAUCUCCCUGCCACGUCUUCCCUGGCAGGACAUCCCGGCGCUGGCAGCAGAGGCAGCAGCGCAGCACGGCAACGGAGUGCCCUUUAUAGUCACCGCGCCCAUUGGGGUGCAUCCACUCGUUGCUCAUUGCCAUGUGACUGCCAAUCGUAUGAGUGUUUCGGUGUGUCUCGGCGCUCACCCCCGCCCCUCUUUCCCUCUUUCCCUUUGCUCCUGCCUCUCACUGCUCCCCCUCGCUGCUCCCCCUCGCUGCCCCCCCUCGCUGCUCCCCCUCGCUGCCCCCCCUCGCUGCUCCCCCUCGCUGCCCCCCCCUCGCUGCUCCCCCUCGCUGCCCCCCCUCACUGCCCCCCCUCGCUGCUCCCCCUCGCUGCCCCCCCUCGCUGCCCCCCCUUGCUGGCCCCCCUCGCUGCCCCCCCUUGCUGCUCCCCCUUGCUGCUCCCCCUUGCUGCUCCCCAUUGCUGCUCCGCCUUGCUGCUCCCCCUUGCUGCUCCCCCUUGCUGCUCCCCAUUGCUGCUCCCCCUUGCUGCUCCCCCUUGCUGCUCCCCCUUGCUGCCCCCCUGCACCAUGGCGAGCGCACCAGCGUGUGUUGGAGCAGCGCAUCACCCACUGCCUGCAGCGAGUGGCCAGCGGGGACGCCAGCAGUGCAUGCGAUGCAUGCAGGGAUGGGGGGGGUUGCAUGGAGCAGAACCUCCUUUGA